AUGGCUGCCUUUAUGAAGACCGUUGCCCUUGCUGGUGCCCUUUUCACCGUUGCUGGUGUUGCUGCCCCUGCUGCUCCCAUGGACAAGCGUGAUGUUGUCUGGGAGACCGUAACUGACGUUGUUUGGACCACCAUUGAUGUCACCACCACUCUCUACCCCGGCCAGCCCACUGCUACCGUCGAGACCUACCAGACUACCGCUGAGGUUUCACCUACUCUCAAGGCUGCUCACCACCAGCACAACCACUACCACACCACUAGCUCUACCUCCUCCACUGAGGCUGAGCCCACCACCAGCGAGUCCUCUAGCUCCGAGGCUCCUGUUCCUACCGUUCAGGCUGCUGCCGCCGUUGUCAGUUCCUCCAGCUCCUCUGAGGCUGCUCCCACCACUCAGGCUGCUCCCACCACUCAGGCUGCCCCCAUUAUUCAGGCUGCCGUUGAGUCGACUUCUUCCACUUCAUCUGCUGCCGCUGCCACUACCUCCAGCUCCAGUUCCAGCUCCAGCUCCAGCUCCGGCGGUUCCUGCUCUGAGGGAUCCCCCUGCGUCGGUGACAUCACCUUCUACGACACUGCCACCUUGAGCACCAACCCCAGCUUCUGCGAGACCACCAACGACGGUCUCGUUGAGCACGUCCUUGCUCUGCCCGUCGGCAUCAUUACCCAAGCCGACUGUGGCAAGACUGUUACAAUCACUUACAACGGUGUCACCAAGACCGGCACCGUCGUUGACAAGUGCAUGGGCUGUGACAACACCUCCAUCGACCUGUCCCGCGCUCUCUUCGAUGUAUUUGCCUCCGAGGACGUUGGCCGUGCCACUGGUGCCUCUUGGUACAUCAACUAA